AAGAUUCUUGAAUAAAAAUGGUCUGCAAUGUUGAACCAUGAAAAUUAAUCAACCAGCCGCACAGUUGUACAGACGCUUCUUUAUCUAUUCAAAGGAUGAUGAUGAAGUGCGUGUUCCCCCUGUUUACUGUUUGAUUGGUUUUGACCCAGCAAAAAAGAACUUUAGACCCAAAAGUUGAAGAAAUUAAAUCGGUGGUUUCAUCACCACUGGUAUGCGUUAGGUUGAGUACUAUAAAUACUUAUGUCUCUGUAUCUUUGUUUUUCAUCUCAAAAUUAUCUUGUUUAUUGCUUCAAAGUAAAAAAUAAAAGUCAUUGUUUAUUGUAUUUGAUUGUGUUCGUUCAUAUAUAUUUAAGACAAAUGGAGUUUGGUUUUAAGUAUCAAAUUAGCCUUGUUUGUGUUAUACUGUUAUUUCCAGUACUAUGUAACUGCAACAAAGAAUAUUAUGCCAAAUCAAGAGCUUCCUAUUAUGGCACUUCUGACGGCUAUGGAAAUUCAAGGGGAGCUUGUGGUUUUGGAGACUAUGGAAAGAUAGUCAAUGACGGCAGUGUCGCAGCUGUUUCUGCCAAGUUGUGGAAGAAUGGAGGAGGAUGCGGUGCAUGUUAUCAAGUGAGAUGCAAAAUACCACAAUAUUGUGAUGAUAAUGGAGCAUAUGUGGUGGUGACAGACUAUGGUGAGGGAGAUAGAACUGAUUUCAUAUUGAGUCCACGUGCCUUUUCAAGAUUGGGGCGCAAUGCAGUUACAUCAGAAAAAUUAAAGAAAUAUGGAGUGUUGGAUGUUGAAUAUAAAAGGGUUCCUUGUACAUUUAAAGGCAACAAUAUUGUAUACGAAAUCAAUGAAAAUAGUAGAAACCCGGGCUAUUUCGCUAUCAAUAUUCUUUAUGUUGGAGGAACAUACGAAGUUACUGCUGUUGAGAUCUGGCAGAAACAACAACACCAAUGGGAAGCUAUGCGUAGAUCUUAUGGUGCUGUUUUUGACUUUGCUAACCCACCAGAAGGUGAAAUCCGAUUGAGGUUUCAAGUGAGUAGCAAUGUUGGGUCCAAUUGGGUGGGAUCACGGUUCACAAUACCUGCAGGUUGGAAGGCAGGUGCUACUUAUUCCACCAAGAUUCAGCCUUAUUAAUUGUUUGUACAGAAAAACAGUUUAAAGUCCCAUAAACUGUUUGUUGUUGCUGCUUUUCAAAAUAGGGACUAAAAUUAUGGAUUUGUGUAACUUGACUCCAUCUCAUACUAAAUAAUAUUGGAGUAUCAAUCAAUAAAAUCAAUUCUAGUACAUUA